UGGCUGCUUCUGCUGCUGAACGUUCUGGCCCCGGGCCGCGCCUCCCUGCGCCUCCUCGACUUCCCGGCUCCGGUCUGCGCGCAGGAGGGGCUGAGCUGCAGAGUCAAGAAUAGUACUUGUCUGGAUGACAGCUGGAUCCACCCCAAAAACCUGACCCCGUCUUCCCCCAAAAACAUCUAUAUCAAUCUUAGUGUUUCNUCUACCCAGCACGGAGAAUUAGUCCCUGUGUUGCAUGUUGAGUGGACCCUGCAGACAGAUGCCAGCAUCCUGUACCUCGAGGGUGCAGAGCUGUCCGUCCUGCAGCUGAACACCAAUGAGCGGCUGUGUGUCAAGUUCCAGUUUCUGUCCAGGCUGCAGCAUCACCAUAAGCGGUGGCGGUUUUCCUUCAGCCACUUUGUGGUNGAUCCUGGCCAGGAGUAUGAAGUGACUGUUCACCACCUGCCGAAGCCCAUCCCUGAUGGGGACCCAAACCACAAAUCCAAGAUCAUCUUUGUGCCUGACUGUGAGGACAGCAAGAUGAAGAUGACUACCUCAUGCGUGAGUUCAGGCAGCCUUUGGGAUCCNAACAUCACUGUGGAGACCUUGGACACACAGCAUCUUCGAGUGGACUUCACCCUGUGGAAUGAAUCCACCCCCUACCAGGUCCUGCUGGAAAGUUUCUCGGACUCAGAGAACCACAGCUGCUUUGAUGCCGUUAAACAAAUAUUUGCGGUACUUGUAUUUCAUACCCUCUCAGACAGAUUAAAAUACCUCUCAAAUCCUUCACCUUCCUCCAUACUGGUCCUAGCUAACCCUGUUGCUAGAGCCCCGCCUGGACUCAGGCACACUUGGCCUUGGGCAAAUCGCAUCACUCACUGUGCUCUGUUAGUUACAGACUACAUUCCCCUGUGGGUGUAUGGCCUCAUCACACUCAUCGCCAUUCUGCUGGUGGGAUCUGUCAUCGUGCUGAUCAUCUGUAUGACCUGGAGGCUUUCUGGUAAGGACUAUGCCAUUGCUUACCCACUCCCUCAGGCUUCUCUCUGGCAAAAUGGCAGUUAUAACGAUACACGCACCAUAAGGCUGUGGUUGGAAGGACCUAGUGUGGAAUUUCCCUGCAUCAGCCAUGAUCAGUCAAGCAGCAGCCUACACAACUUCAUCCCCAAGUNCCCAGCCUUUGCAUCUGAGGUCAGAGAGGAAUCUGAGGGACAGCAGGGCAUCUUGCCCGUAGCAGACCUGACUCCCCCACCCCUGAAGCCCAGGAAGGUCUGGAUCGUCUACUCGGCCGACCACCCCCUCUAUGUAGAGGUGGUCCUAAAGUUCGCCCAGUUCCUGAUCACUGCCUGUGGCACUGAAGUAGCCCUUGACCUCCUGGAAGAGCAGGUUAUCUCUGAGGUGGGGGUCAUGACCUGGGUGAGCCGACAGAAGCAGGAGAUGGUGGAGAGCAACUCCAAAAUCAUCAUCCUGUGUUCCCGAGGCACCCAAGCAAAGUGGAAAGCUAUCUUGGGUUGGGCUGAGCCUGCUGUCCAGCUACGGUGUGACCACUGGAAGCCUGCUGGGGANCUUUUCACUGCAGCCAUGAACAUGAUCCUGCCAGACUUCAAGAGGCCAGCCUGCUUUGGCACCUACGUNGUUUGCUACUUCAGUGGCAUCUGUAAUGAGAGGGAUGUCCCUGACCUCUUUAACAUCACCUCCAGGUACCCACUCAUGGACAGAUUUGAGGAGGUUUACUUCCGGAUCCAGGACCUGGAGAUGUUUGAACCCGGCCGGAUGCACCAUGUCAGAGAGCUCACAGGGGACAAUUACCUGCAGAGCCCUAGUGGCCGGCAGCUCAAGGAGGCUGUGGUUAGGUUCCAGGAGUGGCAAACCCAGUGCCCCGACUGGUUCGAGCGUGAGAACCUCUGCUUAGCUGAUGGCCAAGAUCUUCCCUCCCUGGAUGAAGAAGUGUUCGAAGACCCACUGCUGCCACCAGGGGGAGGAAUUGUCAAACAGCAGCCCCUGGUGCGGGAACUCCCGUCUGAAGGCUGCCUUGUGGUAGAUGUCUGUGUCAGUGAGGAAGAAAGUGGAAUGGCAAAGCUGGACCCUCAGCUAUGGCCACAGAGAGAGCUAGUGGCUCAGACCCUCCAAAGUAUGGUGCUGCCAGCAGAGCAGGUCCCUGCAGCUCAUGUGGUGGAGCCUCUCCAUCUCCCAGAUGGCAGUGGAGCAGCUGCCCAGCUGCCCAUGACAGAGGACAGCGAGGCUUGCCCGCUGCUGGGGGUCCAGAGGAACAGCAUCCUUUGCCUCCCCAUGGACUCAGAUGACUUGCCUCUCUGUAGCACCCCAAUGAUGUCACCUGACCACCUCCAAGGUGAUGCAAGAGAGCAGCUAGAAAGCCUAAUGCUCUCAGUGCUGCAGCAGAGCCUGNGUGGACAGCCCCUGGAGAGCUGGCCGAGGUCAGAGGUUGUCCUUGAGGGCUGCACACCCUCUGAGGAGGAGCAGCGGCAGUCAGUGCAGUCAGACCAGGGCUACAUCUCCAGAAGCUCCCCGCAGCCCCCCGACUGGCUCANGGAGGAGGAAGAGCUAGGACUGGGGGAGCCCGUUGAGUCUCUCUCUCCUGAGGAACUACAGAGCCUGAGGAAGCUCCAGAGGCAGCUUUUCUUCUGGGAGCUUGAGAAGAACCCUGGCUGGAACAGCUUGGAGCCACGGAGACCCGCCACAGAAGAGCAGGCUCCCUCCUAGGCCUCCUGAGCCUGCUGCUUAAGAGGGUGUAUGUUGUAUUCUGUGUGUGUGUGUGUGUGUGUGUGUGUGUGUGUGUGUGUGUGUGUGUGGAGUGCCCGGCUUAGAAAUGUGGACAUCUGAAUCUGACAUAGUGUUGUAUACCUGAAGUCCCAGCACUUGGGGAUUAAGACGAUCUCCUGAAGCCAGGUGUUCAGGGCCAGUGUGAAAACAUAGCAAGACCUCAGAGAAAUCAAUGCAGACAUCUUGGUACUGAUCCCUAAACACACCCCUUCCCCUGAUAACCUGACAUGAGCAUCUGGUCNUCAUUGCACAAGAAUCCACAGCCCGUUCCCAGAGCUCAUAGCCAAGUGUGUUGCUCAUUCCUUGAAUAUUUAUUCUGUACCUACUAUUCAUCAGACAUUUGGAAUUCAAAAACAAGUUACAUGACACAGCCUUAGCCACUAAGAAGCUUAAAAUUCGGUAAGGAUGUAAAAUUAGCCAGGAUGAAUAGAGGGCUGCUGCCCUGGCUGCAGAAGAACCCGAGAGAGCCUGAGGGUGGUGUCUGGGCAAGAGGGGAGUGGCCUGUGGACUGAGUAUUAGGAAGGAGCCAGAGCUCANGGUNGAGAGAGCUUUGUGGGGCUAGGGUGGGAGCAGCUGGGGACUCCUUUCAUGAGUNGAUNUGUUGCCCUAUGGGGGAGGAAACUUCAUGCCAAAUAUACCCAGAAGUCUUCUCAGAUAAGUUCUUUAGAAAGAGCUGGUAUAGAAAUGGGUGAUGCAAAACUUGAGAAGCAGGAAGAGGCGUGUGAAAUCCUGUGCUCUCUCAAGUGCUGGCUGCCAGUCCGUGGGAGGGCUGCGGCAUGUGAUUCUUUCAUGGGCUGCAGCCACCAGAUCCCUGGAGAGCUCUACCUCAGGGUACAGUGAGGGANUUGAGAAAGAUGUGAGGGUAGUGGGCAUGGGGGCAUGGCAUAACAGGAGAACUCNGGAGGCCCUCAAGGUCAGAGGAAAGUAUGUCAUGUCACUGUAUAACUACAGUAUUAGAGGUUGUUUAAAGUAGCUCCUGAGCGCNCUCAUGGGGCAGACAGCAGCCUUGCGGCUUAGGUUCUAGAGAAUGCACAGGUCUUCCUAGACUUAGUUGAGAGAAGGAUCAUGAAAUGCUGUGGGAAGCACGAAUUCAGUGAUUGUGUGUGUGCAUAUGUGUGUGCAGUAAUGAAGACUUAAUAAAGUUGCUGUAUUGGUAA